AUGAAAACUCAUGGAGACGGUCUAUUUCAAAAAUCUCUUGGAAUACAUGGCGAUUGGACGUUUAAUGUAUUUCGAUUGGUUCCAAUUGAACAAGAUCCAAAUUACAAGAACAAGGAUGAUUUCAAUGAACCUCAUUACAGAGUAACAAUUUCUUACGCAUAUCCCUCCAAAAUAGAUAUCAACGAAUCAGAUGGAAAACAUGUUGAUGAUAAUGAUCCUACAUCAGUAAUUAAACACGUUAAGCAACUAAUUCGAAAAUUUAGGCCGGAUUGCGAAAUGACUGACGUUUUAUUAGAGUUAUGGGAUUUGGUUCCUAAAACUGAUCCAAAUGAUCCAGAAAAAUAUCCUUUUAAAACCUAUAAUCCAGCCACACGAAGAAAAUUGCGAGAUGUUGAUCCAUUGUCCGUUAAUCCUUGGAAAAGUAGCCGAGUAACUUUAUUGGGAGAUGCUGCUCACGCAAUGAGCCCUGUACUUGGAUUAGGAACCAACAAUGCAAUUGAAGAUGCUUAU